AUUUUUAAUAUGGAUCUCUAAUUACAGGAAUAAUUAAACAUCAAAAAAACUCUGUAAUAUUGGAUACCUGGAGCCACUUUGGAAUAAAUGAAAUAGAAGUUAAAUUCUCAACCAAUUUCUCAAUUCAAGAAGGAAGAAUUUUUAAAUGAAAUCAAAUUUGGAAAAGCUAAUAUAGACCAAUAAGAUGAUAAGUAUUUGUCUGAAACUGAGAAAGCAUAUUUAAUUGCUUAUAACCCAGAAAAGAGAGUAAGAAGCGAUUAUGAAUGCAUGUUUAUGAGCAAUGAUGAAAAAACAUCUGAUAGAGAAGAAUAAACUAAUUAAAAAUGUGAAAAUCCAAACUGUCCUGGUACAGAUACCAAAUGGAUCGAAUGCAGUGAAAAAAAAUGCUGGUAUCAUUAAAGUUGUGCAGGAAUACCCCUCAAUAAAACAAAAGAAGAAAUCGAUUAGAUGGAUUGGAAAUGCAAAAAAUGUAGGAAAAGAUGA